CCACCCAGCGAUUGAUGGUCAAUGAAGAAAUAUUAGGUGGAAGAGAAGGAAGCGAACGAAAUGGUGGGCAUUGUCACUGCCACUUUGAUUUGAUUCGUGUGCACAUAUAAGGUGGGGCAUGGCCUACACCCUUUCCAACACUCUCCCACUCUCACUCGCCUUCUUCCCAGACCGCACCCUCCUUCAUCCACCCUCCACACACCUCUUCCUCUCUCGCCCCCUCAGAUUCAAAAGUCUUUGCGUCGUCAAUCUCAAGAGACCUGUUCCCCCGCUAAAAGCAUCGAUGGCGGAGACCAACAACAACGUUGCCGUCGAGGUCUUCGAAAAAGAGGAUCUUGCCGUGUCCCUGGCCAAAUACGUCGCCGAUCUCUCCAACAAAUUCACUUCCGAAAGAGGGGCUUUCACUGUCUGCUUGUCUGGCGGCUCUUUGAUCAAUUAUCUCCGGAAACUUCUGGAACCUCCUUAUGUUGAUACCCUUGAAUGGUCCAAAUGGCACGUGUUUUGGGUGGAUGAGAGAGUCGUGCCUAAGACUCACGAAGAUAGCAACUACAAGCUUGCUUUAGAUGGACUUCUCUCCAAGGUGCCAAUUCCCCCGGGCAAUGUUUAUGCAAUCAAUGAUGCGCUUUCAGCCGAGGGAGCGGCAGAUGAUUAUGAGACGUGUCUCAGACACUUGGUCAAGAACAAUGUGAUAGCUUCAUCACCAGCCAAUGAAUUUCCAAAAUUUGAUCUCAUGCUGCUGGGCAUGGGCCCUGAUGGCCACAUAGCUUCUCUGUUCCCAGGCCAUCCUCUUGUGGAGGAGAAACAAAGAUGGGUUACCUUCAUUAAGGACUCCCCAAAACCACCACCAGAGAGAAUAACUUUCACCUUACCAGUGAUUAAUACUUCUGCUUACGCAGCGCUUGUGGUGACUGGCAAGGGUAAAGCAGAUGCAGUUCACUCUGUGUUAGGCCAAUCUCAAAAUUCUGUUAAGCUUCCUGUUGGAUUGGUUUCACCUGAAGGGGAGUUGAAAUGGUUCUUAGACAAAGGUGCAGCCUCAAAGCUGUAGAUCUAGCAGCUAAGCCAUGAUCCUAUAUGUUGUGCCUGUGUAUUUAACUGUUAACCUUUUUGCAAUAAUUAAGUGUGUAUGAGAAGAAGAGACAUCUAGUCCUGAAUCUUCUUAUCUAAGUGAUAGUUUUGCGCUGAAGAGGGUCCUUUGUCAUUUGUGACAAUAAAGGGAAUAUGAAGGUAGUGUUUUGCUUCAACAUUUCUAAUUUCUUCCCCCCAGAUUUCCAAUUAAUGUGCACCAACCCCACCCUUUUCAACGGACGUGUUCAUUCUAUUUAAAUGUCAUUGUUCCGUCAUUGUCAUUGAAAUGAAUCAAAUAAUCACUUCAUGUUAA